CCCAUGAGGUGGCCGUCGGAGGCGCGUUGACGCUCGGGAGGAUGACAUUUGGCUGAAACGCGCGUGGACGCCAAACACAGAAUCGUCUCAAUCGUUUUUUUUGUUUGUUUUUUUUUCCUCGCCAAGUAGCUGCACCAAGAUCCGACCGCCGCCGAACGAUAGGCUCUCGGUUGUCAGACUCGGUUCGGGGAGAUGGCCGCGAUCGCCAGCUCCCUGAUCCGGCAGAAACGCCAGGCGAGGGAGUCGAACAGCGACCGGGUCUCUACUUCGAAACGUCGACCCAGCCCCAGCAAAGACCCCCGCUCGAUCUGCGAGAGGCAUUUCUUGGGGGUCUUCAGCAAAGUCCGUUUCUGCAGCGGCAAGAAGAGACCCGUUCGGCGGCGACCAGAUGCACCCUCGAAACCUCCACAGGUGUCCCAUAAGGGCUGCAGGCUAGAGCCGCAGCUGAAAGGCAUCGUGACCCGACUGUUCAGCCAGCAGGGCUUCUACCUGCAGAUGCAGCCGGAUGGAACCAUCGACGGCAGCAAGGACGAGAACAGCGACAACACCCUGUUUAAUCUUAUUCCUGUGGGUCUGAGAGUGGUGGCCAUCCAGGGAGUGAAGAGUGGCUUCUACAUUGCCAUGAAUGGAGAGGGCAUGCUCUACAGAUCGGAGAUGUUCACACCUGAGUGCAAGUUCAAGGAGUCUGUUUUCGAGAACUACUAUGUGAUCUACUCGUCCACUGUGUACCGUCAGCAGGAGUCGGGCCGGGCCUGGUUCCUCGGCCUCACCAAGGAGGGACAAGUCAUGAAAGGAAACCGGGUCAAGAAAACCAAGCCCUCGUCACACUUUGUGCCGAGGCCCAUUGAAGUGUGUAUGUACAGGGAGCCGUCAAUGCAUGAGAUAGAGGACAAGCACCGCUCCAGGAAGAGCUCAGGGACUCCCACCAUGAACGGAGGAAAAGCUGUCAAUCACGACUCGACAUAGCAGCGGGGGAGGGUCUUCUGGCAGGGGGAGUGACCUCAUCCUAACUCAGGGGGAGAGGCCAUAGGAAAGCCCCCCAAAAAGAAUACGCACCACCAUCCCUGCUGCAGAAAAAAAGAAAACAGGGUGUUGCAACGACGAGGAGCUAUUAGUGUACACCCAAGACAACAAAAACGGAACUGAACUCUUGCCUGUGAAAACCUUUUAGAUGAAUUAAUAUCAAACCAGAGGAUUUAAAAAAUGUUUUCAAUCAGGACUUGACCCUAACCCUAACCUUUUAUGCAAAAAAAAAGAGAAAAAGCUGUGAUUAACAAGGAAUGGUGGUCUCUCGUCACACAAAUAUAUAUCAUUUCUAAAUUGUGCUGUGAAAAACAAGCUUUAAUACAUGUUAAUUUUAAUUUAUUGGUUUCUUUUCUAAAUGCUGUUGCAUAUACUUAACUGUGUUAUUGUUGUCAGUAAUAACUAUACCAUCCGCAUCAUUAACAAUCUGUUGUAUCUUAUCAUUCUAAUUACUAUCAUCGUUAUCCUAGCUUUAUUUUCAUUUUUUAAAGAAAGUGUCGCUGUUUUUUUUUUAAUAAGUAAUUUCUUUCUCUCAUCGUUUGACCAUGAAUGCACUAACUGCUCUUAUGUGAGGGUGAGACUGAAUGUAUUUGAUAGUUUUCUGCGUUGGACUCCAAUGGAAACAGAGUGCUUUGGGUGGGAUGUAAUUUACUCAGGUGUGUACUGGAAGUGUGACUAAUAGAUACAGAUAGGGUUGUUUCAAGUACUCCAAAAUGAGUACAGAGUACUCCCCUAUAUUGUUUGCAUAUGGCGGGACAAGACUGACUCAAGCAAUGUGAUAGAGAGCAGUCGAGCAUGUCUUUAGAUCAUAGUCAAAACAAA